GAUUACAGAAUCAUGGCACCAACUUCGUGUGGCCCUGGAAGGCCCCCACCUUUGCUCGGACAGCAGCGGACUAGAUCAGUAUAUUCACGGUCAGCCCUGAUCCAUUGGCUGCUACUGACAAUUGUAAUGCUACUGGUUGUGGACCUUCCAAAUGUGAAGACGGAGAAAACCAAAGCUUAUCACAUGGACUCAAUCUGUAAAAACCACUUUCUACAACAAUUGUAUAGGAAAAUAGAUGGUGCUACUCUCUCCUCCAAGAACGAGAGAAACCUAAACUGUGUUAUCACAUUUCAAACACACUCAAUACUGCAAAGAUUUAUGUUACGUUUCGAUAUGCUACAACUAGACUGUAAUGAUCAUUUAUAUGUAUAUGAUGGAGCACACGCUGUGGGCACACAUAAGGCGGAUUUAACCUGUAAGGAUACAAAACAAUCAGUGGGCGCACUGUUCACCAAGACAAACUUUCUCACAUUCAAGUACGUGACCGACAACUGGGGCACGGAAACGAACGGUUUCAAAAUGGUUAUAACUUCGGUCAAGGAUUCCAAAAUAAAUUGUGCUGACUUCCGGUGCACUCAACCGGAAUUUUGCAUACACCAGGAUUUGCUUUGUGAUGGAGUGAAUCACUGUGCGGAUGGAUCGGACGAAGCAGUCGGGUCGCUAUGUCCCGCGCCGAACGAGUACAUCAAGACGAUCUUUGGUGUCGACCUGACGUGGAUUAUUCUGAUCGGUGUGAGCAGUCUGGUCGUGUGUGGGUGCAUCAUUGGCGUGACGAUAUGUGUUUAUUUGCGAAACUCACGCCCGGGUGCAGCACCCAAUCAGCUCAACUCAUCAAUACAAUUGAAUCAGAUGAUAGAAUCGAACGGUUCAUCGAAGCAUCUGCAUGCAACACUGCCGCGGGAAACAACAACGCUACCUGCUUCGGGAAACUUGCAUCACCCUGCGGGACCAUUAGGGUACCUCCGCAUUCCACACAAAUUGAUGGCCAAAGUCCGUCCCAUUUGGUGCCUGGCAAAUUAAGACAAUUAGGUCCGGAUUUAUCGCAACAAACCUCACAAAAAGACGAGUGGUUUGUCUAGAGCUAGACAGGAAACACAUAGAGCAACAAAAAUGAAAAUCACCAAAAAUGUAAAGGAAAUUCUUGCAAACACAAAAGGUAAGGAAAACUAUUACCAACACUAGUUCGAGAAUGAAGAAGUUCAAUAAUGCAGAGGAGGAAAAACAACGUGCAGCGGACAAAAGAGUAAAAUAGCGACACAGCAGCAAAAACAUCUGCGUCUAACCAACUGAGAUAGAUAGCAACAACAGCAGCAAGAAGA